GCGCCGGCGCGCUCCGACGUGCCCUGGAACUUACCCUCCCGCGGAGACUAGCCUGCGGGAACCGGCCAGACACGGCUGCCUUCAGGCUUGAUUUAGUGUCUUGCAGACCCCUUGCUGGGUGAAAAGGCCGUCGCCUCCAAGAGGCUUCCGGGCCUUCGGUUUAAAUGUAAUACUGGAUAUUUAUUUCUCCUUUAAGCUAUAUUAAUCCAACACGCCAUAAUGUGGCAUGCCAUCCUUUUUGAGAGGUGAAUAUUAUUGAAUAAAAAUGGCUGACAGAAGUAGCAAGAUUGUUCCAGGACAAGUUUAUAUUGAAGUGGAAUAUGAUUAUGAAUAUGAAGCAAAGGACAGGAAGAUUGUGAUAAAACAAGGAGAACGAUACAUCUUGGUGAAAAAGACCAAUGAUGACUGGUGGCAGGUCAAACCAGAUGAGAAUUCCAAAACGUUUUAUGUGCCAGCCCAGUAUGUAAAGGAAGUCACCCGCAAAGCUUUGAUGCCGCCUGUGAAACAGGCAGUUGCACUGCCAAAUAAUUCUGCGAAAAUGGCACAGAGUCUGCAUCUUCAGAGAUCAACAGAAAAUGUGAACAAAUUGCCUGAGCUUUCAAGUUUUGGAAAGCCAUCAUCAUCUGUUCAUGGAACAAGUCUUAUUCGUGAUGCCAAUCAGAAUUUUGGACCCAAUUACAACCCAAGUCAAACUGUCAAUCUAAGCCUGGAUCUGACCCACAAUAAUGGGAAGUUUAGCACUGACUCACAUUCUCCUAAAGUUUCUGGCCAAAAUAGAACAUGCUUAUUUGGUCACUUUCCUGGUCCAGAGUUCUUGGACAUAGAGAAAACUAGCUUCUCCCAGGAGCAGUCUUGCGAUUCAGCAGGAGAAGGCUCAGAAAGGGUACAUCAGGAUUCUGAGUCUGGUGAUGAACUUAGCAGCAGCUCCACGGAACAGAUAAGGGCAACCACACCUCCAAAUCAUGGACGUCCAGAUUCUCCUGUCUAUGCUAAUCUACAAGAACUGAAACUAUCCCAGUCUGCCCUCCCUCCAUUCCCUGGGAGCCCAGCGAUUCAGAUUAACGGAGAAUGGGAAACUCAUAAAGAUAGUUCAGGACGUAGUUAUUACUAUAACAGAGGAACGCAGGAAAGAACUUGGAAACCCCCUCGAUGGACUCGGGAUACGAGCAUUGGCAAAGGAGAUUUCCAGAGUCCGGGAGAUCCAGAGCUUCUUUCAUCAGAAGAAAACUUCCACAGCAUUUGUUACAGCCAGUCAGAUAGUCAGUGUGGUUCUCCUCCAAGGGGUUGGUCAGAAGAGUUGGAUGAACGUGGGCAUACCUUGUAUACCAGUGACUAUACUAAUGAAAAGUGGCUCAAGCAUGUUGAUGAUCAAGGUAGACAAUAUUACUACAGUGCCGAUGGAUCUAGGUCGGAGUGGGAAUUGCCAAAGUAUAAUGCUUCAUCCCAGCAACAAAGAGAAAUCAUUAAAAGUAGAAGCUUGGACAGGAGGCUACAAGAACCAAUAGUAUUAACAAAGUGGAGACAUAGCACCAUUGUGCUGGAUACCAAUGACAAGGAAUCUCCACCUGCCUCAAAACCCUGCUUUCCUGAAAAUGAGUCUUCUCCCUCUUCACCAAAGCACCAAGAUACAGGUCAAGAGAAAUAUGGAUUAUUAAAUGUAACGAAAAUUACGGAAAAUGGAAAAAAGGUUCGAAAGAACUGGUUGUCUUCUUGGGCCGUAUUGCAAGGUUCAUCUUUACUCUUUACCAAAACUCAAGGAAGUAGCACAAGUUGGUUUGGAAGUAAUCAGUCCAAACCAGAGUUCACAGUGGACCUUAAGGGGGCGACGAUUGAGAUGGCUUCAAAGGAUAAAUCCAGCAAAAAGAAUGUAUUGGAGCUGAAAACACGUCAAGGAACAGAAUUGCUUAUUCAGUCUGAUAAUGACACUUUUAUUAAUGAUUGGUUUAAAGUUCUUAGUACAGCUAUCAAUAAUCAGACAGUAGAAACUGAAGAAGCAAUUGAAGAGGAGGUACCGGAUUCACCAGGAAUAGAAAAGCAUGAUAAAGAAAAGGACCAUAAGGAUCCUAAAAAACUUCGUUCCAUGAAAGUGUCUAGCAUUGAUUCUUCAGAACAAAAGAAAACCAAGAAAAACUUAAAGAAGUUUCUUACACGGCGGCCAACUUUGCAAGCUGUUCGUGAAAAAGGUUAUAUUAAAGAUCAGGUAUUUGGAGCUAAUCUUGCUAAUCUUUGUCAGAGAGAGAAUGGCACAGUGCCAAAAUUUGUGAAAUUAUGCAUUGAACAUGUUGAAGAAUAUGGUUUGGAUGUUGAUGGGAUUUACAGAGUAAGUGGCAACCUUGCAGUGAUUCAGAAACUGAGAUUUGCAGUCAAUCAUGAUGAGAAAUUGGACUUGAAUGAUAGUAAAUGGGAAGAUAUUCAUGUCAUCACUGGAGCACUGAAAAUGUUUUUUCGAGAAUUACCGGAACCUCUUUUUACGUUUAUUCACUUUAAUGAUUUUGUGAAUGCAAUUAAACAAGAACCAAGACAGCGAGUUGCUGCUGUUAAGGACCUAAUCAAACAGUUGCCAAAGCCGAAUCAGGAUACAAUGCAGAUCCUUUUUAGACAUCUCAAAAGAGUUAUAGAAAAUGGAGAAAAAAACCGAAUGACCUGUCAAAGUAUAGCAAUUGUUUUUGGUCCCACUCUGUUAAAGCCAGAGAAAGAGACUGGUAAUAUUGCCGUUCAUACUGUCUACCAAAACCAGAUUGUAGAAUUAAUUCUCCUGGAAAUUAAUUCCAUCUUCGGACGUUGAUUUCUUUUUGAAGACAACCUGUGGAAUAGGAGCCGGAUUCGAUCAGAUUUCAAAUCCUUAUACAUGUUGUAUUUUGUUUUUGGACCAAGCAGUGACUCUUUGAUUUUGCACUUUUUUGAGGGAUCAGAAGGGACUGGAAGAGUCAAGAUGGGUAUUAGGCCCUCAUAUUUGCUGCUUUGUUGCAAGAUGGUAUAACUGUGUGUGAUUUUGAAUUAAUUUUAUCCUGAAUGUUUGCAUUUCGUACUCUGAAUUUCAGUAAAAAUCAAAACUUGCAAUUCUAACCAGUCAUAUACACUGGAUAAUUUGGUAAGAAAUCUACAUUUUUUUUUCCUCAAACUGGAUAAUGUAGAACUUCUUCCCGUGAUUCGUUAGGUUCAUCACUUGAUAGAACAAUACUUUCAGUUAUUUUGAAAUCACUCCUGGGCAUUUUAAACAAAAUGAAGUAUAUCUGUUUUGAAAACUGUGUAUUUCUUUUUCAGGGUUUUUGCAUGCAUUGCAGUCUAAGUGCUAAAAUUUAUUAUAACCCAGACAUAAUUCCUUGACGGAGGCUUGCUGUCUUUUCCCAGGUUGCACAGCAUCCUUAUGGGCUAUCUUAGUUGCUUGUUUGAGCAGCACACUAAUAUUACUUAAAACACUGUGAUAUACUGGAGUUGAAUCUAGCAUAAUUCAGUUCAGGGUAUUUUGGGGCUGUCUAUGCUACACUGACUUAGCUAACAAUCAUAAUUAUAUCUAGUGCCAUACUGAAUUCUUGGUAUGACCCUGUGGAAACAGACAUUAUUUUAUGUAAAUAUACACUGAAGACUUAAUGUUCUUCAGUUUAUGUAUAUAAUUGUGUUGUAUAGCCUCAGAGGACAUUCUGACCCCACAUUUCUAAUCAUGAUAUUGGUAAUUUUUUUUCUGUGAAUAUUAGGUUUCCUUCCAAAAUAAGUUGUUAUUUGAGAAAGUUAACUGUGUGCACUUUUAGCUUUUAAUUACAUUUACAGGCAAAUCACUGUAAUGCAAAUGGUACUGGAACAAUUCUGAAUAGACUUGCUAAAUGGUAAAUGCACUACAAGAGGAGCCUUUUAGGUUAUUUAAUAUGUACAGAGUACAUUAGAAAACAAUUUAUUACAGAAUUCUAACUCUGCAGUAUGAAUUGUGGAAACCUAUAUGCAAAUUAGAUGGAUGUCAGAUAGGAAAUGACAUUGCUAAAUUUGAGAAUUUCUUUAUACAUUACUAAUGUAGAUUGGUUUGUACAAUAAAAACAGGGUUUGGAAGGUUUUGUUACAGAGAGCAUGGUCUGUUGAAAAUUUUUUAAAAUGUAUUUUUCUAGAUUAACUACUGUAUAUGAAAUGUCUAAUCUGAAUAAAGAAAACUAUAAGAGGUGUAGAGAUUUUUUUCCAUUGGAAAUGCUUAUUUUGGUUUUUAAUUUUUUUUUUGCAUUUACUGUCAUACCUCAUUUAAAAAAUCAACUGAAUCUGAUAUUUUCUAUGGCAAAUAUAUAUUCCUCAUUUUACAUCUUUUCUACCCUCUCCAUGUCAAUGCCUCGUUUACCCUCCACACCCCACCCAGUUUUUUAUUUCUUCAUCACUAUUUGAAAGUGAAUGAUUUAUGACAAUCUCUUUUUCUUAGAAUUCCAUUUAUAAUUUAUAGAUUGCCUGCCUUGGGAACAAAUAUUUUUUGUAUGAUCUAUCUUAAAAACCUCUCACCUGAGUUUUGUGGUAAAACUAUUGUUAGUUGUUGUGAUCUUGUUAAAUUGAUGACAAACCGAGCUAUGGAAAAGCAAAUUGUUUUGGGCAAGGAGAAUAAACCUACAAAGAGAAUGUUUAUAUUUGCCUAAAGAUAUCCUUACCAAUACAACAUGAUUUAGGACUGGCCUAUGUAGUGAUCGUGUGCCAGGAAACAAUUAGACUCAAAUCCGUGAUAUUCUUCCGCUCAAUAGUUAUAGAUGUGUCAGUGAUUAAUACUGUCCUGUAUUUCUUGUUUCAAAGUACAUAUGUGUGUAUGUGGUCUUAAGUGUUUUAUUAGUCUAUAUAUAGCUAAUCAGUUUGUUGUAAUAUUGUAUGCACAGUAAGAUCAGUGUCUUGUGUUUUCAUCCUUUGUGAA